AUGUCUUCAAUCUCCGACCCUCCUCCGAAACCGCUUCCCUCCAUCCACCGCUUCAUUACAACUCAUGACUCGAGCGGCAAAUCAUGUUACUCCAAAGACCUCGAUGAGCCAUUGCAUUUCUGGAAAGUCAGUGCAGGCGAGGGCAACUCUGCCGACUUUGAGCUUGGCUACGUCACCGAAGGACUACCUAUACCCCUCGCAAACGACAAAGAUCUUUCAGCGUUCAAGGAGGCAUAUGCAAACAAAGAGAAGUCGGGGUUGGUGAAGCAUGGCGGCACCAUCCUGCGGUACUGUGAUAUUCCUCCGGGCUCAAAGUCUCAGAUGCAUCGAACUGUGAGUCUCGACUAUGGCAUUCUCAUCAACGGCGAGCUGGAAUGUUUUCUGGAUUCGGGGGAGACUCGGACUAUUCACCCAGGAGAUGUUGUGAUCCAGAGAGGUACCAACCACCAGUGGUUCAACAGAACUGAGGAGUGGGCUAGGAUUGUGUUCAUCCUGUUUCACGCGACGCCGGUCGAGAUCAAUGGCCGUGCAUUGGGAGAAGAUCAGGGAGGGAUGGAGUUGCCAGAUUCGCAUUAG